AUGCGAGUUGCAGAGGGCCGCGCGCUGCGCGCUGAGCUGGCAGACACCCGCGGCCGCCUCGCCGCGCUGCUGCGCCUGGCGCGCCGCGCGGCGGGCGCCACGGCGCCGCGGCUGCGCGGGCCGCGCCGCGACGGUGACGGCGAUGGGGACGGGGAUGCGGCGGCUGCAGGGUUGGCGGCGGCGACGCGGCCGGAGGCGGAGGGCGGCGGCGGCGAUGCGGCGCAGAUGCUGAGCGCGUGGCAGGAGCUGGCGGAUGGAAUUGAGGCGCGCUACGCCUGUGGAGAGGGGCGGAUGGAGGAGCUGCUCAUGCGGGGCCGCCAGGUGGACGCCCUACUGGACGGCGCCAUGCAGCAGCUGCGCGCGCUCAAGCACGACGCCGCCUCCGCAGCCGCACCCGCCGCCGCCGUCGCCGCAGCUGCCGCAGCCGCUGCUGCCAGGCCCCCCGCCACCGGCCCUACCGCCGCCGCCGCCGCCGCCGCGCCCCAGGUGUCGGCGGUCGCGCCGGCCAUGCCCAGCCACCCCCAGGCUCUGCGCAGCAUGGGCCGCCCCGCAGCCUGA